UUGCUUAAAUAUCUGUUUGUUUCUUUUAGAAGGCUUUGUUAUACUUAUAGCCAGUCAAAACAUACAGUUUACAAAGUUUACGAAAAAAACCGAUUUGGAAGGGUUUACUUGUCCCACAAUGAAUAAGGAUUUUAAAGAAGAUAAGUUGAAUAAAAAGCAGUGUCUUAUAACAUGUGCAGAUAGCUCGUCGUGUUUGGGCGUUUUCCACGAUGAAGCUAAUAUGCACUGUGUGGGGUGCAAUCACAAAUUUCUUACCAAUUCAUCCGCCCCAUCUCUGGAUGGAAUGAAGUACCACUUUAAGCAAAGGUACUUGCUAGUCACUGAAGGGAAAACACGGGGCAAUGCAAGUUUACACUGUCAGACUUUAGGUGGACAUUUAGCAGACAUAACAUCAGAAGAGGAAGAAAUAUAUAUAGAGGAUCAAGUGUUCGACAGUGACUAUAAUAGUUCCACCUGGAUAGGAGCAUCGCGCAACACAAGUGGAGGAAUAUUUUACUGGGAAGAUGGUACACCAAUCUCUGACUAUUUCGUGAAAUGGGGACCAUUUCAACCAUGGGACGACCCAAACGAGAAGUGCGUAGUGCUGCUGAGUUCGGAGAAUGCAUGGUCUUGGCACGAUUAUGGUUGCCAUAACGUUUUCCGGAGCUUGUGUGAAUUUGACUAGUUUUUUUUUUUGGACGAAGUCCGUCUGAUAUCGGUUUGACUGCCUGUACAAUUUUACAGAGAAGAACUAAAUAUCCAAAGGAUUUUAAAAUCCAGGAAUCUCAUUGUCCAUUCUAUAAUUAGUGUAAUUAUCUAAAAGGUCUUUCUGAAACAUAUAUAUACAUGUCCAAAUUAUAGAGUACUCUAAAGGAGUAUCAGAAACAAACUUUCUAGUUAAAUGUCUCGGAUAUUUGAAAUCUGUGAACUUCCUCCCAAAAAAUAUUUAACACUGCUUUAAAAAAAUCAGUUAUUAACUCGUGAAUAUCUUAUUCAACAUAUGAAUUUACCGAGUUAUAAAUGAAUGACAUUCUAAAAUGAGGAGACUACAAAAUUGAAUAAUGUCCACGAUCCCAGAAAAAAUAUGUGCAUACCGAAAUAGACCAUAUAAAAGCAGUUUUACCAGUUUUUUUAAAGAUACUUCUUGUUACAAAUGUACGAUAACUAAAAAAAGUGUUCUUGCAGAUUGAUGCAGCUAUAUUGAAUUUGUGUUGUUGGUUUUUUUAAUCAUAUUCUUUAGUACCUGUAAGUUUGCUCCAUUCACUUUACGUACUAUUUAUAGUGACAAGUUCGGACAGAAAGAACAAAAAUGUAUUUUAUAUUGUGAUUCAUGUAAAACCAUUACAUAAUUAAAGUGCAAAUAUUCGAGAAGACGUGUUAUAAAAUGGUUAAAUGUUAGAGUACAUGUACCUUAAUUACAAUGUAAUUGGUUAUACUUGGUCUCCAUUAGAUCUUAAUAAGGUGGAUCCAGUGUCUUGUGAAGUCCGGGUUAUGUAAAAUAUACCCAGAUGAAAUACAGUGUCCGGAUUAAAACACUCUUAAAUUUACUGUUUUUGUCUCCUCAAUAAUUAAAUUGACGAUAUCUGGAGAGGAAAUGAUAUAAGUAUUGUUUUACUUGCUUUCAAAUCCAAUCUGAACUUCUUUGUUGUGAAAUGUUUGUAAUGUACAACUUAUUCAAUAAAUAAAGUUAUCUAAAUUGACGAUAUCAUUCAGUAACUACACUGUAUAUUCUUUGACAAUGCUUAUCAAUUUUGGGUCAUCCCUUAACAAGAAAAAUAGUCAUUCUGGAAAAACGGAGUGAACGAAUGAACACAAGUUAUGUGUCUAGACGUACAUCAAAUGAAAUAAAAAAAUGCCAAUCCCAUCUUGUAAAAAAACUUAGUUGAGUCCCUAUAAUAUACAAGUGUCUACAUAUUUUACAACAAAAUUCAGGCUAAAUACUUGCAAGAUAGGGUUUAAAAUUCUAGUUGAUAUCUAAAAAAAAAAUCAAGGGUUUCAAACACGUCUAUAUAGUUUCCAGGAAAAUCUCAGUCCUUAACACAUGCAAAAGCGUUAAAUGAAAGUUUUUCUUUGAACAUUACUUCUGGUUUAUUUUUGGGUGCACAUUUUAUUAUACACGUUUCUACAAGUCCGAUAAAAAACAUGCACUUGAUUCCCAUUAAAACCAUUGCUUAAUUUAUGUUUGUCACCAAAACAUCAGUCCAAAUCCGUAUUUUACUUGCAUGCACGAAUAACCGGGGCGGUAUAAUCGAUUGUCCAACUAAUUAGACUUUUCAAACAGACAUUGAGAUAUGUUUUUGAUGGAUGAUGCCUUUUCAGUAGGAAAAUAACAGUGUUAAAAAAGACUAUGGUUUCUGAUUAUAUGAUUAAAUGUAUUAUGAAAACCUAGACGUGUUGAUACGAGCAAAUAAAAUAUUUACAAUCCUCCAAUUCAGAACAACUAAUGCGUAUUAGAUGAAUUGACAACAACAUCACAUUAAAAGUGAAACUGAAUUUUAAAUGCAUGCACAUGCAUACAGUCUAUUUACACGAUGACAAAUAAAAUAUGGGGAUUCGGAAAAGGUUAUCUUAUUACGAAAGUAGUAUCACAUAGAACAUUUCCGAAAUCAUUGGCCCAAACAUAAGCUUGAUAAAUUAAGCCCAUAUCAUUCUAAAGCUUCGAUUUCAAAUUUUAACACAAAGUCUUAAUUUACAGAUAAAAAAAUCUAUUAAAUUAUUGAUGGUCCAAAUAAUUAUUCUUCAUGACAGAUCUGACAUCAGUGUUGUAUGCAUCAAAUCAAUAAAUAAUAGUUAAGGCUAAUGCAAUAAUUUAUCAUAAAGGUUAUUGUCAUAUAAAGGUCAGAUUAAGUUUAACGGUCUAAAAGGCAUUUUCCAAAGGGUUAUUUUGUCAAUGAAUAAAUACAAUUAGGAGCACUUUAAGAAUCUGUCCACAGGACAAUCCGUGCUAUAAAAUCCAAACCCUAGCCACAUAACCCCAUAACCUAUAACCCAAGAAGUAAUCUGAGUGAUUUUGUAGAAAUAAUCUGAUAGUAUUCAAUACAUGGGUAAAAUCAUACUGUCAAGAAUUGCUGCGGACAGAUUCUAAAGUGUAGCCUACAAUUCAUCUAAUUUUUACCAAUUUACAACAUUUUUAGCAAAAUUAAAGGAUUUGACCUUGUAGGUCAAUGUCAUUUAAAGGUCUAUGUCAAAUUUAGACAUGUGCAAGUAGAUUUCAUGCUUAUUAAGACCGGUCACUUUUUUAUCAAAAUAUGUGGAGGUUUCUGAGAAGCACACAUAAUAAGUGUGUCUACAGACACCCAAAAACCAGUUUUACCAUCCAACCCUGCCUCACCAACCUUACAAAUUUGUUUUGCAAGAGGUAUAGCAAACAAAACAUAGAAAACUUUUCAUAUAAAUAGCACAUUUAAUGGUCAUUUCAAUUUUCAUACAAACUGAAUUAAUAUCAGGAUUUAAUCCUAUACAUAACUACAAUGCUUUAUAGAUCAGUAAUUCUACUUACCAAUGCUUUCUAGAUCUGUUAUUGAAAUUAUAAAUGUUUUAUAGAUUUGUUAUUCACAUUAUCAAUUCUUUAUAGAUAAGUUAUUCUAAUUAUCAAUGCUUUAUAGAUCUGUUAUUCUAAUAUCGAUUCUUUUUAGAUUUGUUAUCCUAAUUAUCAAUACUUUAUAGUUAUUCUAAUUAUCAAUGCUUUAUAGAUCUAUUAUUGUAAUUUCCAAUGCUGUAUAAAUCUGUUAUUGUAAUUAUCAAUGCGUUAUAGAUUUGUAAUUCUUAUUAUCAACGCUUUAGAGAUUUGUUAUUGUAAUUAUCAAGGUUUUACAGACAUGUUAAUCUGAUUAUCAAUGCUUUAUAGAUUUGCAAUUCUUAUUAUCAAUGCUCAUUCUAAUUUUCAAUGAUUUAUAGAUAUUUUAUUCUAAUUACCAAUGC